AUGACUGGAAUUCUUGAACAGAAGAAGAAACUGCAGACUAGGGAGAGAAAGGUCGACUUUGACGUAGUUGAUGUAUAUGCAGCAACUCCCAGGCGAGAAGACAAAAAUGUUGAAAUCAUCAUGCCUCAUGCCUUCACAAAUAUGAAUACCAGAGCGAUCUGGAGACCUUCUGUCUUUUUUAUUCCUUUACAGGCUGCUUCGAGAGUGAAAGAAUUUCCUGGCUUGAACACUGUCAAGAUCAAAAACAACACGAUUUUUCCCUUGGUGUUGCGUUAUUGCUUUUCUUUUAUUCAGAUACAGUCAGUUCUCAGUUGCGGCGUCUUGGAAUGUUGCAUGAAGGAAGGCGAUUUUGCAGGGUUAAGAGCUUCGGAAGCUCAUUGAUCUCCAUCGAUAAAACGAGGGCUUCGUUAUUCAUUUCCAGAUUACAAUUUCUACCUUUUUUUUUUUUUUUUUUUUUCGUUUAAUGUGGAUGCAUCUUAAACACUAAUAAGAUUGAAUUGAAUAAUUUACCAUAUCUGAUUUUCAUGCAUGCAGUU